GCAUGUCGCCCCGCUAGCCCUCAUCCUCACCGCGCACCGUCCUCGGCCAGACCCCCCUUUAUAAAUAUUGUACCCUCGACGUUUCCCACAGCGGCAGCCGUAUAUAAUGCUUCCACGCUCCGCCAGCAUUCCUUCUCCCACCCACGCUCUUUCCCAGCCAGCGCAUCCGCAACAGGUCCCCCCACCGCCCUUUUAUCCGGACCAGCGCUCCUUUGAGCCCCUCGAAUACGGUCACCGACACCCGUCCCACUUCCACGGCCAUCCCUAUCUUCAACACCCCGGGCAGCCCAUGGACAUCCUCGCCGACUAUCGCACCUUCUUCCCCUAUCAGCCCAACGAGGUCAAGCACCGUCGGCGUACCACCGCUGUCCAGCUCAAGGUCCUCGAGGGCAUCUUCAAGACGGAGACGAAGCCGAAUGCUGCGCUGCGGAACAAGCUUGCCGUCCAGCUGGAAAUGACCGCGAGAGGUGUACAGGUCUGGUUUCAGAACCGACGCGCGAAGGAAAAGCUGAAGGCCAGCAAGGCAAGCAAGGCAAAAGAGGAGAAGAGCAACGCCGAUAAGGCCGACGCAUCCCCACCCAGUCCCUCCAACCCUCCCACGGGAGGUUCGUCCUCGUCGACGACGACGCCCGCGGCCGAAGAGUCUAAGUCGGACCAGUCGGCUGCCACUACUCCACCCACCACACCACCCUCGAAACCCGACUCGCCCCCCGACUCGUCGGCGAUCAGCCCACCUGCGUUGACCAUCAACGUAGCGCCAUCGGAGCCCCCGUCUUUGCAAUCUCCUUGGCAAGCCCCUGCAUCUGGCGGUUCUCCCGCCCAGCACACCCUGCCGGUCGCCCCCGUCCCAUCGGUCGACGACGCGGCGCUCCUAGCCCAACGGCGCGGCUCGCUGCCCGCCCACCUCUACUCGACCGUCGAUCCCUCGUCCGACCUGCUCUCUGUGCACCAUGACCAGUUCGCCCGGCGGCGAUCGGUCGACGCCAGCCUGCAGCGGCUGCCGUACAACCCGUACGCGCCUGUCGCGCGCGCGCGGAACGGCAUGCACUCUGGCCUGAACCCGCACCGCGGUCCUGCUCAGCGGGGGCUCUGCCCACCGAUGGCGCGCGCAAUAUCCAUGGACGCGCGGCGCUUCUCGGUGGACGUCGUGCCCUCGGCGCAACGCAUGUACUCGCGCCCAUCUCCCCAGCUUCCCUACAGCCGUCCCUCACUCCCCAACGGCUCCCUCACAUCCCUUCCCAACGGUUCCCGCCCCUCCCUGCCUAACGGCACAAUGUACGCCUAUACGCAGCGUCCAGUACCGCCCUCACCCAUCCCCGGGCCCCUCCCCGCACCCAACUUCUCCUUCGGCGCGCCCAUGCCCCCGGCCGAGUCCGAGCAGGACUCGCCGCGGCGCGAGGACUUCGACGGGCAUCCGCGCGACUUCGACGGGCAGUCGCUCGCCUCCUCCUACGCCGCGUCCUCCCGCUUCGGCUCCCUGGCGUCCAUCAGCACGACCGACAGCCAACACACGUACUACUCGGACGUGACGGACCCGGCGGAUUACGCGCUCCGGCGCGCAUCUAUGACCUCGAACCAGUUCCUGGGGAUGAUGAGCAACCUUGAUGUGAGCGAUAACAGCGGAGAGCAGUGCUAUUCAGGGAAGCAAGCGGGCUAUCCAGGGGCGCAGGGGGGUAUGUAUGGGGCGGCGCAGGCUCAGCAGCAGCAGCAGACCUCGGGCGAAGCGGCUCAUGCGGUGUAUACCUCCGAGGCGGCCCAUGCUGCGUACCCUUCUCCGGCGCCGACGCUUUCGCCGAAGGACAAUGCGCUUGGGAUGGGCCCUGCUCACAUGCAGCGAGCGCAGUCUACUAUGCAGAGCGAGCAGCAGCAGGCGUACGAGCAACAACAACAGCAACAGGCAUACGACCAAUCGCGCUCGUACGAGCAGCAGCAGCCAUCUGUCCCCGCCAAUCAGUCCUCUUGCAGCCCGCCGGACGCCUACUACCCCGAAGGUAGCCUGCAGGUGCAGUACCCGGACAUGUACGAGACGGGGAUCUCGCCCUCUGGGCACUACGUCCCUGCCACGUCAUACUCUGUCCCGGCGUACCCGCUGGACGACAACUACAUGGGUGGCUAUACUGCAACCGACGCUGGCUACGCAGCCAACGAUGCGGGCUACGGCGUCAACGACGCGAGCUCGCGGCUCGAGUUCGCCCACCCGCCCGACUGGAGCACGGGGUACUCACCCGUCGCGGAGACUGCGCCGUGCGACUUGGGCGCGUACGUGCGGUACCAGUAACCCCUGGCAAUCAUUUGCUGCUCGCCAACCAGCCGUCUCCGAUCCUCACUCUCAAUCAAAUCAACCAACCUUAAGCACACUCACUCGCCUCUCUUGUUUUCCCCUUGCAUAUUUAAGCCCACUUACGCCUCGCCCGUUGUACAGCUCUGUAUACUAAUGCUUUCCUUCUCCUCUUCACCUCUUAGUCUCCCACCUUCGCUUCGCCUUGCGCGUGCGCACCCUUCACCCUUCCAACCUUCAACACCAACACGGACCUGCGGUUUCUUUAUUCCUUCUUUCAUUCGCCUUCUUCGUUAUUUCCUUUUGGCCUGCCUUUAUCUUAUUGUACUCAUUUUUUCUCACUGUCUCUCUCGUGCACUCAACGCGCUGCUACUGGUGUCUCCGCCGUACAUAUCUUAGAGCUUGUCCAUAAUCGUCCGUCUCGUCCCGCUAGUUUUGCCUGUACACUUCUGCAGGUUACCUUUCACCCGUACUCAUCAACAUCUGGAUUUCGAGGAAGAUUGCGCAGCUAUCGAAUCCCAUUCCAUGUUUUGCAUCGCAGC